AUAUUCGCAUUCGUCAUUCCACCGUUUCGCACGACGCUUGUUCGCUACCGCUUUAUGUGCGCAAUUUCGACAUAUGUUGUAAAAUAGUGUUUAACAGGACUAAUAAAAAACGCAAUAGCCAACGUGAUAUAUAAAUAUAAUUAAAUAAAAAUAACUCAUCAACAAAAUGGAAGUCACCGACGCCAAUUUGCAAUUGCUUGCCGGUUAUUUGCAACAGACGCUUAGCGCGGAUCCAAAUGUCCGCAGACCUGCCGAAAAGUUGCUGGAGUCAACGGAGUUGCAACAGAAUUAUCCGGUGCUGCUGCUUAACCUGAUCGACAAGGCCACCAUGGACAUGACCAUACGAGUGGCGGGCGCCAUUGCAUUUAAGAACUAUAUAAAACGCAACUGGGCCGCGCACGAGGACAGCGACGAGCCCGAUCGCAUACACGCGACCGAUCGCAAUACGAUCAAAACUCUGAUUGUCACAUUGAUGUUGCAUUCGCCGACAGCGCUGCAGAAGCAGCUGAGCGAUGCGGUGAGCAUCAUAGGUAAACAUGACUUUCCUAAGAAAUGGCCGCAGCUGAUCGACGAAAUGGUGGAGAAAUUCGCCUCUGGCGAUUUCAAUGUAAUCAACGGCAUAUUGCAAACGGCACAUUCGCUAUUCAAGCGCUAUCGCUACGAAUUUAAAUCGCAAACAUUGUGGGAGGAGAUCAAAUUUGUGCUAGACCGAAUGGCCAAGCCAUUGACGGAGUUGCUGCAGGCUACAAUGCAGCUUAGCACUGUGCACGAAGGCAAUGCUGAGGCCUUAAAGGUCAUCUACAGCUCUCUAGUGCUGGUCAACAAGGUGUUCUUCUCGCUCAACUCACAGGAUCUGCCCGAGUUCUUCGAGGACAACAUGAACACCUGGAUGGGCGCAUUCCUCCAACAACUGGCAGUCGAUGUCGCCAUUUUGCGCACCGAUGAUGACGAGGAUGCCGGCGUAUUGGAGCAUUUGCGCUCCCAGGUCUGUGAGAACAUCUGCCUGUAUGCGCGGAAAUACGAUGAAGAGUUCAAGCCAUACAUGGAGCAGUUUGUGACUGCCGUCUGGGAAUUGCUAGUGAAGACCAGCCUGCACACAAAAUAUGAUGCCCUCGUCUCAAAUGCCCUGCAAUUUCUUUCGGUGGUCGCUGAGCGCAAGCAUUAUCAUGGCAUCUUUGAGAAUCCAGAGAUAUUGGCGCGCAUCUGUGAGAAAGUUGUUAUACCCAAUUUGGACAUACGUCCUUCCGACGAAGAGCUGUUCGAGGACAGUCCAGAUGAGUAUAUACGUCGUGAUAUUGAGGGCUCUGAUAUUGAUACUCGAAGGCGCGCCGCCUGUGAUUUGGUCAAGACGCUUUCCAUCAAUUUUGAACAAAAGAUCUUUGGCAUAUUUGGGCAAUACCUACAAAUCUUGCUGGGCAAGUACAAAGAAGAUCCAGUUGCGAAUUGGCGUGCGAAAGAUACGGCCAUCUAUUUGGUCACCUCCUGGGCAUCACGUGGUGGCACCCAAAAGCAUGGCAUUACGCAAAGCUCCGAACUGGUGCCAUUGCCACAAUUCUGCGCUGAGCACAUUGUGCCCGAGCUGGAGCGACCCAAUGUAAAUGAACUGCCUGUGCUUAAAGCAGCUGCCAUUAAAUAUGUGAUGGUCUUCCGCAGUUUGUUGGGACCACAAACUUUGGCUGGCUGUUUGCCACACCUCAUUCGCCAUCUGCCCGCCGAGAGUAUAGUGGUGCACAGCUAUGCAGCUUGCUCGCUGGAGAAGAUAUUAACCAUGCGUGAUGCGAGCAACACACUAUUGUUUGGCCCUCAGGUAAUUGGUCCACACUCGAAUCAGCUUGUCAGCGGAUUGUUUGCGACGCUUUCGCUGACUGGAUCAGCGGAGAACGAGUAUGUGAUGAAAGCCAUCAUGCGCAGCUUCCAUGUGCUACAGGCAGGCGCUAUGCCAUAUAUGGCCGUUGCUUUGCCACGCCUCACCGAAAUUCUGACAUUUGUCGCCAAGAAUCCCUCUCGCCCGCUGUUCAAUCACUAUCUCUUUGAGACAUUGGCCCUAUCGAUUAAAAUUGUUUGCCAGGCGGAUGCGUCUGCGGUUAGCUCGUUUGAGGAAGCGCUAUUUCCCGUUUUCCAGGGCAUCUUGCAACAGGACAUCACCGAGUUUAUGCCCUAUGUUUUUCAAAUGUUAUCUGUUUUGAUGGAAGUUCGCGAGGGAAGUGGACCCAUACCAGAACCAUAUUGGGCACUCUUCCCUUGCCUAUUGGCACCGCCUCUAUGGGAUCGCCGUGGCAAUGUGACGCCAUUGAUUCGCCUGCUCUCGAUCUUCAUUAAACAAGGCUCUACACAUAUCCAGGCGCUCGGCAAAUUGAAUGGCAUUUUGGGCAUAUUCCAAAAAAUGAUCGCAUCCAAGGCAAAUGAUCAUGAAGGCUUUUAUCUACUUCAGAAUUUGUUGUUCUAUUAUAAUGCCGCUGAGUUGCAGACGAGCAUGCGUCAAAUAUUUGGCUUGCUCUUUCAACGACUGUCACUCUCAAAGACCGCCAAGUAUCUGAAUGGCAUCAUUGUGUUCUUCAGCUUCUAUGUGGUCAAAAUCGGUGGCAGCUCGUUGGUGCAGCUCAUCGAAGAGAUACAGCCAGGCAUGUUUGGCAUGCUGCUGGAGCGCGUUUUCAUCACGGACAUGGCAAAGGUCAGCAAAGAGCUAGAUCGCAAAAUGGUCGCUGUGGGCGUCAGCAAACUGCUCACCGAAUGCUCCGAACUGUACUCUGGACAAUAUAAAGCCUACUGGCCACGCCUACUGCACUCUCUAAUCGAUUUGUUCGAGCGCCCGCCCGAGAAGCUGCCCUACUUGGACGGAAUUGAGGGUGGCGCAGACGCCGAUGUUGUGGUAGAUGCUGAGCCUGGCUACCAGGCAGCCUUCUCCCAGCUGACAUUUGCGCAGCCCAAGCAGCUGGAUCACCUGGCCGAAGUGACUGAUGGUCGCCAAUACUUGGCUAGAGCGUUGUCAAACUUAUCGCAGAGUGUGUCCCCAGUAGAGGUGACCAAUUUAUUGACACCUCUGGAGUCGGACUAUAAGCAAAUGUUGAUGAAAUAUUGCGACCGAGCGGGCGUACGCAUUGCCUAAAUCUAUGUGCAACAACAAUACCCAACAGCUGCUCUCACACAUUUACCAACAAACACACACUCAAUGCAUGAAUUAUUAAUUGUCAUACAAUAUUUGUUUAUAAGUGUAAUAAUAUAAUCAAUAUAAAGUUAUGUUUGAAACAAGGUACAAUGUGGAAUUGGAUUGAUUAAGAACAGGAGAAGGAUACCAACUAUAU